AUGGCGAAUCCCUUCCUUAUGAUGGGUGAUGAUAUGGACGAUGGAGCCGAUGCUGCUGUCAAUCCAUUCUUGAUGCAGGAUGGGCCUGAAGAGGCAGCUGAAGAUUUCGACAAUCCCUUUGCUGGACAGACGAACCCGUUCGCAUUUGGUGAUGAUGCCGAGGAGGAGGUUCCGCCAACAACAGUUGCCACCACAAUGGCUGACAUCUUUCAAACUCAGCAGCAACCUGUGAAAACAACCAAUGCAAGCGCAUUUCAGUCAAUCGACCCAGCGAUGAGCUUCUUUGGAACAACUAUCGAAGCCGAUGACGAUGCCAUGGAUCCUAGUUCAGAAGAGAGUGCAAAGAAAGGGCCUCCUCCAAGACCAUCGCCCCCUUCACAGCAGACACAAGAUCUCAUCUACUCAGUAUCCGAUCAGCUUGACCAGGCCAGUUCCCAGUUGCUUGGCCGACUUCCAGCUACCAGAUCACCAAGUCCAGUUUCAAUGCGGGAUCUCCACUCUCCAAGCCCAACGCCGGACUCGGGUUUGGCAGAUUUGUUGGAUGUAUCAGACAGUGGAUCUUCAGCAACUCAAGGCUUCGAUAUGGACUUGAUGGGUAGUAGCAAUGAAAAUCCAUUCGCUGCUCCUACCUCAAUUCCAACGAUGCAACCAGCAACUCCAAUGCAGCAACAGACUAAGGCCUUGCCACCUCGACCACCACCGCCUAGACCAGCACCACCUAGGCCAACUCCACCAUCUAUUCCAGGAGCACCUCCGAGGCCAGUUCCUCCACAGCCAGCCAACCAGCAGCAGGCUAAGGAGCCUGAUGAUCUAUUCGACAUGUUUGGAACAACAGCUCCACCAAAACCACCACCGCCAAAGAGCAAGGAGGAUAUUUUGAGUUUGUUUUCGAAACCCUCCCCUCCUCAACCAGCGCAACAAGACUUACUCAGUGGAGACAUCGUUUUAGAUCCAAUGCCAGAUGGUGAGCAGAAAUCUGAUGAGGCGGCUCCAACAACACCACCAGCUACUGCUGAAGCCGAACCAAGUCCAUUAAUUCAGACUGAGGCUCCUGCUGAAGCAGCAACCGAAGAUCCAAUCUUUUCAUCAACUUUAACGCAUCCAGACGAGAGUAGUCAAGACAUAACCAGCCACCCACAGUCAGCUGAAGAAGAAUCAGCCGCUCCCAUGAGCACCAUUGCUCCAGAAAUUCCUAAGAUGAGGGCUCCAACUCCGGACAUAGAAAUAACCACCGUCGAAGAUUUGCCUCGAUCCGACGAUGAAGAAGAACCCGAACCUGUACCUGCACCUCCUCCGGAAAUUGUUGAGACAGAACCAGAACCGGAACCAGAACCAGAACCCGAGCCUGAAGAAGCCGACGUGGAAAAGGUGGUCGAAACUGAUCACAGUCCACCAACAGAAUCGAUUGCCACUACUCAAGCUGUUCCUGAAUCUCCAAUCGAUGCCAACUCCAGCUAUCAGGCCAGUGAACCAGAGCAAAUGGACACCGGGCUAGACUUUGCUCCACCUUCAGGUGCCACUUCAGCCAAUCCAUUUGCAAGUCCUGAUGCCGAUGAAGAGACUUAUCCACAACCAACAGUUGUUACAAACAUCUUCGCUGUGGAAGAACCUGCGAUCACUAAUAUCUUCGCAGCUGAUCCCGAACCAGCUGUGAAUAUCUUCGCUGCUGAUCCGGAUCCUGUUCCAGUUGUGACAAACAUAUUCGCUGCUUCCGAUGAGUUUGACGCCUUUUCAGCUAAGUUUGACUCGGUGAAGAAAGACAACGUGAGCUUACUGGACGGAUUUGGAGGAGGGAUUACGCCAACCAGCACCGGAGGUGGAGAUGCUUGGGGUGAUACCGAUGAGUUUGGAGCUGUUACUCCUGCAGCCCCCGAUGAUGGAUUCGGCACCGAAGAUGGCUUUGAUCCCUUCUUGGCAAUGCAGGCUCCAGAGCGCAGUGAAUCUGUUGAAUCUGUCGACAAGGAAUUCAGCGUUGUUAUUCGACCUAAGGCUGAAAAUGCUCAUGGCGUGACUCCAGCUCUGGCACCACCACCACCACCUCGUGGUUCACAGAAUAACUCGGUGAAUUCAGGAGACUCUUCACCACGGGUAAAUCCAUUCGACAAGGGUGAAGAGGAUACCGGCUUCCCAGCACCGGCAGUAGCACCAGAUCAGGUACCACCUAUGCAACGCACAGACUCACAAGAAACUCCACAGACUCCUCUCUUCGAUGAAGACGUUUCGCAACCACUAGAAGAUUUCCCGCGACUGAACUAUGUUGGACCAGGAUGGGAAAUGCAACUCCGACAGCCGAACAAAAAGAAGAUAACAGGUCAGCGCUUCUGGAAGAAAAUAUUUGUAAAAAUGGCGAUACAAAAUGAUGUACCUGUUAUCCAGCUCUUCAAUCAAGCAUCAGACAAACAGCCUUUCCAAGAGCUACCCCUUCAGCCAUCAUAUUCCGUGUCGGAAGUCGGUGCACAGCAAUAUGAUCAGUUCGGCAAGAUCUUCACAAUGAAGCUUCAAUAUAUCUUCUAUAAGGAACGACCUGGUGUGCGACCAGGCCAGGUUACGAAAGCCGAACGUAUCACAAACAAGCUCAGUCAGUUCGCCCAGUAUGCCAUCGCUGGGGACUAUCAGGGAGUGAAGGAGUUCGGAAGUGACUUGAAGAAACUCGGUCUGCCAGUUGAGCAUGCUCCACAAUCUUCACAGUUAUUCAAGAUCGGCUCAAUGAACUAUGAGGAUAUGAAACAGCUGUCGAUUUGUAUUGAAGAAGCACUCUUCAAGAUCUCUGCUCAUCGAGAUCGGGCCCUGAACUACAAAAUGGAGGAGGUUCAAGUCACGGCUGUGGAUGAAAUCUACGUCGAGCAGGAUUCAGAAGGAAAGAUUCUUAAGCAAAUUGCAAGAGUAAGACUGUUCUUUUUGGCCUUCUUAUCAGGAAUGCCAACAAUCGAACUUGGCAUGAACGACAUGUGGCGCCAAGGCAAGGAAGUGGUCGGACGUCAUGACAUCAUUCCUGUUGUGACCGAAGAAUGGAUUCGUCUGGAAAAAGUAGAGUUCCAUAAUUCUGUGAACUUGGAAGAAUACGAAAGGACCCGUACUAUCAAAUUUCAGCCACCAGAUGCUUGUUAUAUUGAGCUCUUCCGUUUCCGAGUCCGCCCGCCAAAGAAUCGGGAGCUUCCACUGCAGUUAAAGGCCACGUGGUGUGUUACCGGUAACAAAGUGGAACUGAGGGCUGAUAUAUUAGUGCCAGGCUUUGCAUCGCGCAAACUUGGCCAAAUACCAUGUGAGGAUGUAUCUAUACGAUUCCCAAUUCCGGAAUGUUGGAUUUAUUUGUUCCGCGUAGAAAAACAUUUUAGGUACGGUUCUGUCAAAUCCGCACAUCGUCGUACGGGAAAAAUCAAGGGUAUUGAAAGGAUUCUGGGAACAGUGGACACCUUGCAGGAGUCUCUAAUUGAAGUCACCUCGGGCCAGGCCAAGUACGAACAUCAUCAUCGGGCUAUUGUCUGGCGUUGUCCGAGACUUCCAAAAGAAGGACAAGGAGCCUACACAACUCAUCAAAUGGUCUGUCGAAUGGCACUUACUUCCUAUGACCAGAUACCAAGUGAAUUAGCACCAUUUGCUUUGGUUGAAUUCACUAUGCCAGCAACACAGGUUUCGCAUACAACUGUUCGUUCAGUUAGUGUUCAAGAUUCAGAUAGUGAUGAUCCGCCAGAGAAAUACGUUCGAUAUUUGGCAAGACAUGAAUAUAAGGUUGGUAUAGAAACAACACAUGGAGAAUCAACAAAUGCGUAUUUGGCUGCCACCAGACCUAUUAAGGAGGCACCUCCAUCACCUCAGCCAGCUGCUUCACCAAUGCCACCAAGUGAUUCUGAUUCAGAUUCAAAUUAAGAACAACAAAUAAUAACUCGAUAAUUAUGACAAGUAAUCAGCAAAAGAUAAAUUAAUUUAUCAUAAACUAUAAACAAAAUUGUUAUAAAUGUAGUAUUAUUAGCCUAUCAUUAAACUCACCGAAUUAAAAGAAAAAACAAAAACUUUCAUUAAAAAUUGUUGUUUUAUUAAAAAAAAACAAAAAAUUAUACCAUAUUAUGUAAUCAUAAAAAAAAGAAUAUUAAUGAUAAAUGAACAUCGAAGCAAUAGUAGUUAAUAUUAAUGCUUAGACAGACAAAAAUAAAUAAGAACAAAUCGAAUAAGCUGAUUUAUCAAGUCAUUAUCAUCAUCAACAUCAUCAAAAAAGCAAUUCGAAAGCUAAAUCGCUUAUUAUAUCUGAUUUUUAGUCAAAACUAGACUUAUAAAAUAUUUAAAAAAAAGUAAGAAAUUAAAAUCAAUUUUAAGUGAAAAAUGUUGCCCGAUGUAAUUUAUUAAUUUACGUGUGUUAAAAAAAAGAACUCUAGAAAAAUACAUCUGACUCAUAGAUAUUUUGGACAAAAUUAGAUCUUUCUAUAAGCAUAACGCCAAAAAUCCAUCAAAUUGAACUUAGAACCAAUUUUGGCUUAAGUAGAUACCAUAUACUUAAGGACGGUCUACAAUAAUUGCCCUUUAAUCAUCUUAAGGAAAAUGUUUUUCAUUUUAAUUAUCCUUGAUUUUCUCCUGCAAUGUACUUAAAAUAUCGACAUAUUAGUUGACAAUAAGCAUUAACAAAAAAGAACAUACAAAUACAUAUUUACCUAUUUAAUAUAUGUCCUGAAACAAAAAAUUAAAAAUAAAAAUAUUAAUUAAAUAAUCUCGUAUGCUAAUGUGUGGAAUUGUUAUUCGGUUAUAAAUUAUUAUGGAUCUAACUAUAAAAAUUAAGAAACAAAGCAAACAAGGACGACAACAAAAGAACAUUUAAACCUUAUAAAUUGUAUAAUAAAAACAAAAACAUUAACUAAACUAAAAUAAAUAUUGUUUUAUAUACAAAUUUUAUUUAACUAGUACAAAUUUUAUUUUUCUGCUUUCCUAAUAAAAUAUAUUAUAAUUUAAAAUAAAAAAUAAAACAAAGCUUAAAUUAAAAUAUAUUAUAUUUAAAUUAUUAUGUAUAAAUUAAAUAACAAACAAAGUGAAUGUAAGAAACGAUCUAAAUUUAAGUAAAAAAAUAUUUUAAAAAAACAACAAAAGAUAUUUAUAAAAAUAAGUAUUAUCUAUACGUAUUACAUACAAAAAAAAAACAAAAAUAUGUUUUAUUGUUUUAAAAUAAAAACAAAUAAAUUAUUUCCGUUGUUGACAUAUUUAUAUUAUAUAUACCUAAACAUUUAAAACAUGCUAUGUUAAAUUCUUAAAUUUAAUUAUUAUUAUUAUUAUCAUUAAAAUAAAUUAUAUUAAAAAAAAACAAUGUAUUAUUCUAAUUAUAUUAUAAAUAAUCAUCUCGCUCUUAGUAAGUUAAUACUGUAAAAAAAACAAGAAGAGAUAUAAAUAAUAUAAUAUACUCCCGACACUGCAGCUUGCAGCAUAGAAUAUACUUAAAGUUGUUAAUAAAUUGAAUACUACUCGUAUGUGUGGUAGUCCUGUAAACAAAUUGCAA